AAUUAAAUUAUAAUAUAAAACAAUUAAACAAUUAGAAUACAAAAUUUGAAUUUAAUUCAAAUAGACAAUAUGCAGAGAUUUAUUAGAUUGAAACGUGAAUUUGAAAAACUUAAUCAAGAUCCUAUAGAAGGUAUUUCAUGUUAUCCAAAAUCUGACAAUUUUGAAAACUUUGCGGCAACAAUUCUUGGACCAAAUGAAAGUCCAUAUAGUGGAUAUAUUUUUCAAUUGUCAAUUGAUAUCUCUGAACAAUAUCCAUUUGAACCUCCAAGAAUUACUUUUCAGACACCUAUUUAUCAUCCAAAUAUUGAUAAUAAAGGCCGUAUUUGUAUGGAUCUUUUAAACAUGCCACCUAAAGGUAAUUGGAAACCAACUAUUGGAUUAAAAAAUCUUUUAGAUGCUAUACAAUGUUUGUUAAGAAAUCCAAAUCCUGAUGAUCCUUUAAUGGCAGAUAUUGCACAAGAAUAUAAAUUUAAUAGACAAGAAUUUGAAAGAAAGGCAAAACAAUUUAUGAAUAAAACAAAAAAUUAA